AUGAGACGACUCUUUCUUGAACUAUAUAAUAAAAAGAUCUUCCCCUCCACACCAAUCACGAGUUUUUCUCCAUUCCUCUCGUAUAUCGUCGUAACGCCCUUAAUACUAGGUUUUGAAAAAGACUUUUCAUGUCAUUCCCAUUUAGGUCCGAUUCGGAUCCCUUCGUUGUUUUCUUUUCCUCCCGCGCCUUUUCCUCGAAAUGAGAAAGAAGAUGGUACACUCGAAUUGUAUUAUUUAAGUGCUUAUUGCUUGCCAAAGAUCCUACUUCUACAAUUGGUAGGUCACCGGGUUAUUCAAAUAAGUUGUGUUUUCUGUGGUUUUCCCAUGUUACAACUUCCGUACCAAUUCGGUCGAUCCGGAAUGGAUCGGUUAAACAUUCCAUUAGGGAGCCUGGUCUUUACUCUUCUGUGUGGUAUUCAUUCUCGUUUGGCUCUUGGAAUCACAUCCAGCAGUGGUUGGAACAGCUCGCAAAAUCCAACGACUUCACCUACUUCAUUGCCCCCAACCGUUUCUCGUACCUCUAUUGAAACAGAAUGGUUUCAUGUUCUUUCAUCGAUUGGUUAUUCCUCUCCGUUCGUAUCUCUUUUUCCAAUUGCGGUCUCAAUGAGUUUACAAGAUUGA